GAUAAACUCUACCAAAACACGGCCACUGGCAAUCAUUGAUGCACCCUUAUAAGGCUAUUCGGUUGCAUCUCAGCCGCGAUGCUUGUCCCCAAAGGCAGUGGAGACAUGGGAUGGGUGGUGUUGGGGCACUUGCAGGUGGUGCCUGGGUUCCGGUGGACAUUCCAGCUGACCGUGGCUGGUACAGGACCACCUGUCGAUGACGUCGCCACUUACACGGGGCGAUCCUCGACUCUUAUACUACAACGCAACUGAAGAAGAAGGUGCCACCUAAGGCUUACCGGUUCGGGGUCAAAGAAAUCAGAUACCUUAAAUGGUUUCACACCCACCGGCUUCUUCCAGGCCUUGAGGAUUCUGUUGUCUCUGCCUGCUACUCCCACCUUUUUUUUUUUUUUUUUUUUUUUUUUUUUUUUGCGAAACUUGCGCCCAACGAUCCUGUCUGGUCCGCAAAGAUCAGCUGUCAGCUCAACAGGUCUGGCGAUAACGAGUUUCCCCCUGCGAAGCCCUCUUUCAUUCUCGCAACAAGUAACAAAAUGCCACCCAUCCAACUCCACACCAAGAGCCCCAUCAACGCCGCCAAAGCAUCAGGCGUCACCCCCCAGACCGCCGCGCCGGCAGAGGCAGAGGCAGACAACACCCCCCCAGGCGCCGUCCCGCGCCUCCCCGAAGCCACCGGCACGGCAACAGCACCAUCAUCAUCGUCGCGCCCACCCCCACCCCAAGCAGCAGCGGCGCCGGCGCCGGCGCCGGCGCCAACCGCUGCCCCAGCUCCCCCGGUGCAAACUGCCGGCCCGAGCCUGCCCUUGCCGCCGCAGAUGGGCAUCCCCCCGCCGGCCGUGCCGGCGGAGCAUCACCAGCGCGGCACCUCCACGGCCGCGGCGGCGUACACGCCGGGGACGGGGGGCGCAGCAGGGACCCCCGCUAGCGGGUUAUGGGGGCCAGCCGCCGGUUCGGGUUCGGGUUCGGGCUCGGCGCCGGGUCCGCCGGGUUCGGGCGUUGGUCCGGAUGGGUACCGGCAGAACACGUCUUUGGGUGUGGGCUACGUGCCGCCGGCGUACCAGGGGGUAAGUCGUGGGGGAGACGACGGGGAGGGGCAGGAGGAAGGGCUGUUGGGCUCGGCGUUGAAGCUGGCGAAGGCGGCGGGGGAGAAGUUGUCUGCUGCUGAGAGCGAGGUUUGGAGGAGGAUUAAUGGGGAGGGAAGGUAACGAGUUUUCUUUGCGCGUGGGGUGCUGGAGGGGACAUGUUGAGGAGGGGGGGUGUGGUUUACAUCUUUGUUUUCUGCAUUUAAAUAUUCGUCCCAGUGCCUGACGACCUAACG